ACACUCUUGUUCAAAAGCGCCCGACAGCACGAGAGGUGAAAGAUGGUUAAAUUUCGAUUAUUUGUUUUGCUUACUGUUAUGUAUAGUUGUGUAUAAUAAAUAUCAUUUUAAUCAAGAAUGGAUCAUGGCAAGAGAAAAGCUAAAGCUAAGGUUGACAAACCACUCGCAGAGAGAAAAAGACGUGCACGAAUAAACGAUGCUCUUCUGCAGCUCAAAUCAAUAGUCUUACAAAGUAUUAACAAUGAGUCCACAAUGAUGUCAAAAUUGGAGAAAGCAGAUAUUCUAGAAAUGACCGUGGAAUACAUACAUAAGAUGCAACACUUCCAGAGCACAUCUCCCGCCAAUUCUCAGUUAAUGCCUGGUAACAAUGCCAUCGUCUUUGAUGGUUUACAGUAUACAUCAGGGUUCAAUGAGUGCACCUCGCACGUGGCUGAAUGCAUGCGUGCUUUACCUGAUACUGAUGUUCCAGACGACAGUAUCAAAACGAGGCUAUUGGAACAUCUCGUGAGUGUUGCGUCAACUGACGAUUUCCGUAAUAAAAGUAAACGGCAAGAUAUAGAUCCCGGUAUAAAUGAACGUAAUGAAAACGUCGAGGUCAAUUCCAUAAGUACAAAUGAAAUGUGUAAUGUUGACACUAAUACGUAUGCUUACUCAAACGCAAUGUUACAGAACAAUGUGUGUAACAUGGAACAUAGUCUGAAUACCAAAAAUGUUACCGAAACAUCUUGUACCGGAUACCUCGCUCCGCAAAGUGAAAUUCUGAACUCAGUUACUGACGGAGAUGCUUCAUACACAGUGUUGGGAAAUGUUGUAAAUAACAAUAAAAAUUAUCAUUAUCCUAUGUAUACAGCGUUGCAUGAUGGAUUAUUCAGUAUUCAUGGAGAGGCCAACAAAGUGCAUGAAAGUUUGCCAAACGAGGGGGACAAUCCAGCUUUUAUACUUUGGCCGAUUGUUCAAAGAACUGAAAACGAAGCCGUAGGGGCGCUAAAUGUUCAAGAAUCAAAGGAGGAAAAUGACAUAUAUACAAAUAUGAAACGUAUUACAAAGUGCGCUAUCUAA